AUAGACUGCUUCUCUAUCUUCCAAAUUCCCAUUCAAUUGUACGUCUGCUAGGAUGCUUUAAACACUUAUUUGAAACUUAUAGUUGAUUCUGGUGGCGAUGAUCCCCGCAAUUCUGCAAGAAAUCGUGUAAUUGUCAUAAGGACGAUUUUUUGACGUCAAAACUUAUAGUUUUGGCAUUUUCUUGGUUAUCAGCAUCAUCUGGGUAUUUUCGGAAACAAUUCUGGAUAUUACCAGAAUUGUAGAGAGACAAGUAUAGACUAUUGUUGUGACGUGGCAUUAGUACAGUCCGCUAAAGCGCCUUGCCCCUGUUCUUCACUACUGGUGUAAGGUUUAGCUGUCAAUAAAUGGCAGCUGGCAAGCCUAGGAACGACCAUGAAGAAAUGCGAGUCAGGGUCGAGCAGGCGCAGCGUGAGGUACUUCCUGCCAUGGAACUGGAAAAGAAGGAAAUCAAAAUGACCGUAAGACUUCCUAUUCAAGCAGUUCCAAGUAUUGUCAUGACAACAGUAGAAAAUGGAAAGAUGCAGGUUGACAAACGGUCACAUGAUGCUGAUAGAAUUGUGGGGAUUACAGGUGGUUUGCAGGGUGACUCAGCAAAAAUCUUGACGGCUGAACAUCCUGUGAUACCUCAAACAACUCAAAAUGGUGAAAAAUCGGACAAGACAACAUUACCACCAAUUAAGACACCAUCUUCACCAAAACUUGGCAGCAGACUGACUGUGGAACAGUCUCACUCCAUCAUUGAAAAAACUGAAGAUUUAAUGGAAUUUUUUGAAGAUCAAAAGAAAUCACAUAAACAUCAAAAACGUCCGUCUAGGAAAAAGCCUAGAACUCCUAGUCCAAGUCCUGUUAGACAAAGUGUAGGUCUGGAUCAUUUAGACAAUCUAGUUAGGUUAAUGGAACAACUUGGAAGCUUAAGGGAUGAAAAUUCACGUUUAAAAAAUCGCUGUGAUUAUCUUGAAAGUACAAAGACUCUUUUGAUAGCUAAAAGCAAUUUAGAUGAAGAAGAAUCUGAAAUGAUAUAUGAGUCAAAUUCGUUACCACGAGCUAAAAAAUCAAAAUCAGUGAAAACUAUUAAAGAUGGAAAUGGUGUAAGAAUAAUGAGGCCACGGCUGCCAAGUGCUGAAGAUGCUAAAUGCAUUGAAAUUGACUUAGGAGAUUCAAGUUCGGAUCAGGCCCUACCUCGUAACAAAAGUAAAGUAUUUAAGCGAAGCUUUUCGACAGGGUCUCUGGAAGUGCCUUCAGAUAUCAUGGAACAAUCAGGUGAGGAUGAAUUAAUAAGCGCUCAGAGGCUCCUUUCUGAUCCAUUUGAAGGUAAACGAUCUUCAAAAAUAUUAAAGUCACCAGAAGCAAAAAGAAAAUCAAAAUUUUCUAAAUGGGCCAAAGUUAAAAAAGUUCUGACAAAACAACAGCUGUCAGAAAAUAUAAGCUCAGGAAUUAAAUCAAUAAAAGGACUAGGUAAAGGUGCAUAUCUACGUUAUGGUUCUAUCUCCGGUCGAGAAUUGACAGUUCCGUCACAUGCUGUAGCAGAAAGUAGGUCAGUUGAUAGUGGUGUUGGAAGUGGAAUGGAUGGGGAAUAUCAAGAUGUAAGGAAAUCAACAUCAUCAAAUGAACCUCCUAGUCCAACAAGGUUUGUUGAACGCCAUAUCGAUGUUCCAACACCACAAGUUGAUGACUGUGAAGGAAUUUGGUUAGGACCACCCGAGUGGAUAGAAAAAGAGCGGGAAAAAGAAAAAGAAUUGUUAAAGCAGACAACAAGUUUAAGUGAAUCUCCAAAAAGUGAACCAGGUGAUAUUAGUUCCCCACAUUCUGUAAGUGGUUAUGAAGGAGAAGGGGAGAAAUUUUUACAACUUCCAAUCCCAAGGAGACAAUCUAGUCCACUUCUAAUUGACUCACCUGAUGAUGAGGAAUACACAGAAUCUGAAUUGAAAAGAACAGUAAGUUGUAAAGAUCCCGAACAUCAUGAUGAAACAUUCCAUAAAACUGAUAAAGUUGAAAAGAAACAUAGAACUCCUUGGGGUAAAAUGAAAAACAUCAUUCAUACACGUAAAGAUAGUGGUAAACUGAAGCAUAGAAAGAGUGGUAGGGAGAGUGAUUCAUUUGGAUUUGAAGAGGUAUCUGAGACAGAUUUAGAAGUAUAUGAUGAAUUAAAAUACAUUCAUGAAUACCUUGAAGGACCUGUUAGUAGGUCGACUCCUAAAGCAUCACCAGUCGUAUUUCGACAGAAACAAAGGGAUAAAAGUGCAAGCAGUUCCCCUCCAGAGAAACAUAAGGAGGCUCAAUCAAAUGUUCCCAUGACGGCUACAGGAACUAUAGAUGUUUCUGCUCUUCUAGGUGGGGUAUCUGAUGAGUUUACAAGAAAACUCCAAGAAUGGGAAGAGAUGAAAGGGAAGCGAACAUCUGGUCAUUUCAAAGAAUCGGCAGAGUUUUCAGAAAGUAUUUCAUAUGAGAGUGCUGGGGCAGUGUCUCCCGAAUUCCUGAAGAAAUUAGAAGAAUGGGAAAAACUCAAGGCACUUAAAAGUUCAUCAGCUCCAGAGCAAAAGCGAGACAGUCAGAUAGAACAAGAAAUAGAGAGUUCAUCUGACGAGGGAGAGGAAGCCACGACCUCUCCUGACAAACCAAGGCAAUCUGUUAAUGUUGCAGAAAUCCAGCUGAAGUUGUCAGAUAGUUUCUCGCGAAAAAUGGAGGAGUGGGAGAGACAGAAAUACCGCCGUCAAACUACUCACGCUGAGGACAAAGAUUUGCAGCAGAAACCUUCUUUUAAAGAAAGACCAAAAAGUAAAAAGACAAAAGAGGAGAAAGAGAGAGAAAAGCUGGGAAAGAUGCGAGAGAGAGAAAUAAUGAGAGUGGAAAGAGAACAGCAGAAAUUGGAGAAGGAAAGAAUGAGAAUAGAAAAAGAAAGACUCAAAGCACUAGAGAGAGAAGCUAAGAUAGAAAAAAUGAAAGGAAGGCUUUCGCAACCAGACAUGGAAGCAAACUUAAAAAAUCCUGUAUUAAGUCCUCUGAGUGAGUAUAAAGUAACAACAGACUUUGCUCGAAAGUUACAUGAAUGGGAAGUACUUAAAGGGAAGGAAACCUCCACCUCAAUGUAUUUAGAGGCUCAGAAAAGGAAUUUACAGUUCCAUCGGGAGUAUCGUAAUGCUCACAGUAUUUUACGAAGGUCAACUGAUGAUCUUCAGACAACAACUGAUACAGAUGAGCCUCCAAUUCGUAAAACUAGCAGUGAGUCUGAUGAAAUGUUCCUCAUGGAGGAAUCAGAGAAGGAAGACAGUGCUGUAAAGGUCAAAGGUCAAAAACCUCCACCAUUGUCUCUUAUACCGUGUUUUGAUUCCCCAGAGCCGUCCCCAGGUGCCCCACUGUCAGAUGAUAGUUCAUUAGAUGAUCAUACAUCAGAGACCACAGAUAGUAUGACAGCAGCUAAUAUAGCAAGUUUAGAGAAAGCUAACAUACGACUGUUGGAGGAGCUUCGUCAGACAGAGUUUGAGUAUAACUCCCUGCAAGACGAGGUCCGAGUCCUAAAUGAUCGUCUAAUAAACUUCAGAAAUGAACAUGUUCUUGAGUUAGAUUUGUACAAGAAACAGUUGAUAGAAGGGCAGUCACCAAGAGAGAUAUCAUUUGACACAAAGCAUAUGUCACAAACUCUGAUGCACCUUGAGGAUAAAAUCUUAGAGCUCAAAAAGUUUGGGGAACAACUUGCAAUGUCCAUGGAGGGAGCAGCCGUUGGUAAAUUCCAGACAGUGGAAGGUGAAGAAAGUAUCAACAAUAGACUUGUUGACCUUCUAGACAAAAUGCGUUUGCUUCUACAACAAGCUACACUUUCUGGAGAAAACACCCUUGAGGAGGUGUCUAAAAAAUCCUCAGCGUUACACAAUUUUGAGAAGUUGUACAGCCAAGCGAUGCAACUUCAAAUGCAGAUGAAUAACCUCCGUCUUAGUCAGCUAGAACGUAACAAGGAGAUAAUGAACAUGAAGCGCCACCUACUCUUACAGGAAGCUAAUAAUCUUCUGCUGCAGGCAGACGUGACUAGACGAGAAGCAGAACUGUUGUACUAUAAGGAAUACUCACAGAAACGAGUACCAAUCAAACGAUGGAAUACAUACAGUGGCAAGGAGGAUAGAACAAGAUCUAGUUUACCAGUACCAGAGUCUUCCCGUAAACAGAGUAUAUUCCAGCGUGUACAAAGGUUGAGAAGUGCUCGACCAAUACUUCCUAGUACAACAGAUAGUGAUAGUGAUGUACCUACCAAAACUCCACCUCGUAGAGAGUCACCUAGAGUCCGAAAACGUGAAUCUCCAAAAACCCGGAAAAAGGAAUCUCCCAAACCAAGGAGAAAAGAAUCACCAUCCAUGAGGAGGAAAGAAAAAGAAUCUCCAAUUUCUAGGAGAAGAGAACCUCCAAAACUUCAACCCCUUGUCAUUCCAGAAGGACUUGUUUAUGAAAAGUGUACUGACAGAAAAGAAGAAUAUGUUCCAACUACUUCUAGUGAUGUCAUCUCAAAUGCAAACCAUGACAAGGCAGUUAUAUUUUCUACAGCAACUUUACCUACUGCUAAGAUGGUACUACCAAAAGACAUAUCUCCUCAUGAAUUAAAUGGUGUACCAAGAAAAUCAAGAAGUCCAGGUGUUGAAACAAUUUAUGAACAAAAAGGAAAAGAGAAAGCUAGUGAAGUAGAGAAAGUUAAAUUCCCAGAACUUCUUAUUCCUGAGUGGAAAAAGCAGACAGAUAGACAGAAGAGGGCACAAUAUGUACAAGAGAUGCCAACAAUAGACCCAGAUGAUGUGUUUGAUUCUGAUAAUGAAGUUUUUAUAACCCCUGAAACUGUAAGAGAACAAGCAAUAGUUCCAGCUAAAGUAAAGUUUGAAGAAAGGCCAAAACUUCUAGUGAACAAAAGCUUUGAAAGUGAAACAAGUGAAGAUACAUUGAAAUAUAAAUCUCCUGAUGCGAGCCCUGCCCCUAGGAUGGAACCUGUAAAAUUUCCAACAGAAAUUACUGUUAUUAAACGAACUAUUCCAGAUCCAAUUGAAACUGCCUCUGAUCCAGGUCAAAGCCGGCCUAAUUCUAUGAUAAGAAUUUCUGUAGAAACACAUGGAACUCCAUUGUUGCUACGGAAACCUCCUUCUGGACAAAUGUCUAGAGGUCAAAGGUCAAGGAUACAUAUUCCAGUCAUUCCAUUAAAAAGAAUAAAACCUGCACAAGAGCUUCUUGAGGACAGUCAAAGAUAUCGAAGUGGUCAGUCUAUUUAUCUAACUAGAAUCCUGAAACGAUAUCCAAUGAAAAUUGAAUGCAGGAGCAGAAGUUUAGAAGAUAAAAGAAAUGUGGACAAAGAAAAUGUAAAAGCAGGUUAUGUUAAGGCUAUGGUGAAACAGUUAUCUAGGGAAGGUACCCCUGAUUCUAAAGGAUCUCCUAAAUUGACUUUAAAAGGUGUUUCUGCUGAACCUAUAACAAGAACUGAUUCUCCAAAGUCUGAAUUUGUUUCUCACAUUGUGCAAAAGUGGCCUUCACCUAGUGAGGAUCCAUCUAGUAAAUCCAGUUCACCUCUCAGGGACCUCACAAAUGGUGGGCAAGUCCGAAAAUUAAAACAAGCAUUUGAUGAUAGUAGUACCAAUGGAAUUCAUGAAAGAACUUACUCAGAAACUUUAGUUUUAAGAAAAAGAGGUUCACAGGAUAUUCAGUCUGUGAGAUCUGAGUCAUCAUCUUCAGCUUCUACUGUCGCUUUCUCACCACUCAGUACCAAGAAUGGACAACAACCAGUUUCAACUAUAAGUUCCACUGUAACUUACUCAUCUAUGCCAAUGCUAAGUCUUGAAGGUGAAGAUUUUGGCCGUGAAAGAUCAGCAACUGGCUCUUCUUCAAAACAUUCACCACAAGACAGUCCAUCACAAAGACACAGAAUUCAUGUAGCUGUUUCCAUGUCACCAGGUCGCUCAAGACGAAUCAUAGAACCAACCCUGUCUCCAGCAAGAAUGCGACGAUUAAUAGAUCCGUCAUCACCUGGUCGUAGGAGACGUGUUCAUGAACCAUCACCCAUCGAAAUUGUUCAAGAGGAACCAGAAACCUCUGUAUCAGUUGCUCAAUCUCAAUCAUCUCCAUCGGCAUAUGACAUUCAAGCUGUCUCACGUCGUUCACCAAAGUCAAAACGCAAGGACAAAUCCAAAUUGGGGACCAUAGAAGUAUUGUGUAGGCAGUCAAUGACAUUUGACCUCGGGAUUUCAGAAGUUAGUGGUUCAGAAGGGGCAGGAGCUCAAGGGGGAGAACAAAGAUCUCAAACAUUACCCAUAAGGCACUCCACUUCCUCUACGACGUCUGCUAGUUCCCAGUCAGAAGUUGAAGGAGCGUCGGGACAUUCUGGUGAAAAGAAAAAGUCCAGGCAUAAAAAAUUCAUGGAUUCGUCUUUCAUACAAAAAUCCAAGAAAUUUUUCAAAGUUUCGAAGGAGAACCGCUGUCCAUCUCUCGAAUGUUGUGGCUCAGACCGAGAGAUGAAGAGAAUGUGAUGCAGUUGAAGGAAUAGAGUUACUGAUAGAAUGAAAUUGUGUGGUACUGGAAUACCAGGAACUAGUCAAGGGCAGUAACAGCACUAGAAACAUUCUGAUACCAGACUUAAAAUAAGGGACCCAGGAACAAGUGGAAGGAGAGCAACAUACUGGUACCAGACUUAAAUAAAGGGAAUCUGAAACUACGCAAAGGAGCAAUGUGCUGGUACCAGACCUACUAUGAGGGAACCAAGAACAAGCCCAAAAUAAGCAAUAGCCCACAUCCUGGUACCAUUAUUUCAAAAGGGAACCAGGAACCAUGACAAGAACUUGUUAUUUAUUUGCUGGUUCCCAAAUCAUAUUAAGCUGAGAAAGGAUACCAAAUGGGAGGAGAGUAAAGAGAAAAAUGUAAAUGGGAACAGAAUGCUGAUGCCAGCUAAUAAUGUGACAUUUAGUAACAAAAUCAUUAAAAAAACUCAUGAACAUAAAAGGAUGUUUAAAAACAGUCGAGCUAAGUUAUUUUGCUUACAAAUAAUUUCUAUAUCCUUUCAGUCAACACAGUUUUAUUUUUGGCUUUAGUGAAUGGAUUUGUCUCCCUUAAAAAAUGAAAUGAAAUCAUUUUCAUACCUUAGCCAAAGUUAGACACUUAAAAAAGAAGUUUUGCUGGCAGUGCAAUGUUGAGUGCAAGAAUAUUUAGAUUGGAAGAGAGAGGGAUAUAAGGUUGUUUAUGUGCAAUAUUUAUAUUUUUGUUUAAUUUUUAUUUAUGCAUUAAAUUUAAUGAAACAUUUAUCUGUGAUCACAAAAUAAAACUUUGAAUGUGCUAUUGUUUUAACUUAGAGAAACAACUUCGGUAAACUUCUUCUAUCAACAAAGAUUAGAUCUACGAACAAGAAAACAAGUAAAUUUUCAUAUGUGAAUAUAUUUAAUAUUUGUAGAAAUGCAAGCUAAUUUUUAACCUUGAUUCUUGAAAAGUGAGCGUGAAAAUGUGCAGGACAACACCUUUCAAAUUGGUUGUAUCAUUUAUGAGCUUCCAUAUUUGUUUCUUAUUUGGAAAAAAAAACUUUAAAAUAUUUUGAAAGAAAAUAAAAUUUACUGGAAAAUUUUACAUACAGUUUAAUGGAAAUGAUGCUAUUUAUUUUAAUAUUAUAUUGUGUCAGUUAUAGUAAAAUCAUAUCUCAUUUUAUUUAUUACAUACCUAUUCACUGCUUCUCACUUUGCUAACUAUAUAUGAACAUGAACAACUUUCAAAUAAAAGCUGAAACCAAA